AGAAGCAUGCAGGGGAAAUGAGAGAUCGCACAAUAAAGCUAGUAAGAUGCAUGUGAUGUCAAAUUAAAUAUUGUAGUACUCACCUUCAAAAAAAAUUGCUCUUUCACUUUCACUUUUCUGCCUUGGUUGAAGAUCCUGUGGCGACUUGAGCAAGAGAACUGGCCAAACUUUUCUUGUUUUAGGUCAGUUAGAAUUACCAAAAUUAUUUUUGUUUGCUAAAUGCCUCUAUAAUGAGAAAAAAUGCAACUGGCUCUCUCCAGUCAAUUGUUUUAUUUCUUUAUUUUUUCGAGAAAGCAGCUUGCAAAGUUUCUCCACAAACCUGCUUAGCAACUUGUCAGUUUUGCUAAAGAGUAUUAUUUUUCACUUUGUGUCAACCCCACUCCCUGGCAAAACAGGUAGGCAAUGCAUGGGAAGGUGUGCAGACUAAAGGUCAUAUAAACUUGCUUUUAUUUGUCUCAUCAGGCUGGAAUAUAUGUUUCGUACAUAUAUUUCACCUUUCAGCUGUUGUCCAUUUUACCAACAAGGAAAUACAAAUUCCUCUGCUCUUUGAGUAUAUAUGAAUGACACCACCUUUUCAGUUUCAGUUUUUCCCUUAUAUUUUUCCCAUUACAUUACUUGUAGAACCAGAAUCAAUUAGCAUUUUCAUCUCAACUUAUUAGCGCCACAGAAAAUGUUAGCUCAUCAGGUACAUCAUUGUCUUUCACAAUGAAUACAUACUCAUCUUGUUCAAGCACAUUCACAUUUGGUCCUUAUAUCCCUUUUGUACGACACAUUUUAGAAAAAUGGUCACCAUUGUCAUCUAUCUAUGUGGUCAGUAAAUCUACACCUGUAAAACGAUCUGCCCUUUUUAUUCUCCUCUUUCAUUUUUCUUUCGGUUUCAAAUACUUUCCUUUCUUUGUAGUCAAAAUCAGGUUGGCCUCUUUUCUUCUGCGCGUGACGCUCAUUGUUGCAAGUUCUCAAUUCAUUCACAUUGUGAAUCCACUGCUAAUGUGCCAGAAAAUGUUAAACAUGUUUAGAUAUCUGUAGACCUCAUCUCAUCAGGGAUUUGUUUGUUUUGUUUUUAUAGCUCCACAAGUUUAAGAACAGCACAACUAAAGCAUGAAAACAAUAAAAUAGUAGUGUCAAAUACACGUUAUCAACAAUAAAAAUAUAUACUAAUAGGAAUAAUAACAGUUUUUCACCUUCCCUCAUGUGUUUAAAUAGACGUGUUUAGGCCUCAUACAAAUGCCUCAUGAGCCUUUUGUGAGUCAGAGCGAAAGAUAAGCCCUAACAUCACUUCCUUUCCAGAAUUUGCACUCACAAGCAAAACAAUACUACUUUUGUUCAGUCUCUUCCUUGUUGUUGAAUCAACACUGACCCUCCUACUGUUCCAUGCUUUCUUGAGGACAAAAUCUUGUUUCAGUGAAAUCUUCCACCCUGUACCCAAUACUUUGACAGCUUACUCACCAUUACUACAUCUACUCUGAGUCUUUUGCUUGCUGGCCUUCAGCAUGCUUCAAAUGCUGUAUCUGGUUUGCCUUAAUAUCAGCCUUCUGCCUGCUCUUUGUCUUUUUAAACCCUGCCAUAUCGGUCAGUUUGAUUUCAGAAGAGGCUGAUGACAUUUUUAUUAUAGCAACAUUAAGUUUCCUCUUUCCAUGUUUAAAAUGAAUAGAAGAAGUCUCACAGUGUGAACUGAAGGCAGCCAGCAGUGAACCAUUCAGGAUUGCCAGAUAUACAAUGACACCUAGGUAGAAAUUAUUUUUGGAACUGCUUGAACCGGGACGAAAAAUAACAGAAAAAUAAAAAGUCUGAAUACGUAAAAUUUAAAAAUUUGAUUAAAUACAUAGUACAUUUGUCUGCAUUCUCCCUUUGUGCUUAGAUGAAGGAAUUUGGUAAACAGGCUUGUCAGGUUCCAUGUUGACGUAAAUUUCCUUCAUCGCUUGAUGCUCAACACUGACUUUUAACAAUGACUAUAAAUCCUCUGCAGUAGUUGAACUGUGAAAACUGUGGGAAAGAGGUAAAAUGGAAAAAGGUGAAGGACCUUCUCCAGACAUUGCAGAUAUUCCAUAUAUUCCAGACAUCCCAUAUAUUCCAGAUAUCCCAGAUAUUACAAAUAUUCCAGAUAUUACAAAUAUUCCAGACAUCGCAGAUAUCCCAGCGCCGCCAUAUCCUGGUCCGCCAUUGGACUCAAGUGUGGUCAUCAGUCAACCUACACCUGUUGACCAGAAAUAUCCUCAGCCUGUUGCUCAGCAGUAUCAGCAACCUGUUGACCAGAAAUAUCCCGAGCCUGCUCCUCAGCAGUAUCAGCAAUCUGCCGACCAGCAAUAUCCCCAGCCUGUUGCUCAGCAGUAUCAGCAAUCUGCCGACCAGCAAUAUCCCCAGCCUGUUGCUCAGCAGUAUCAGCAAUCUGCCGACCAGCAAUAUCCCCAGCCUGUUGCUCAGCAGUAUCAGCAAUCUGUCGACCAGCAAUAUCCCCAGCCUGUUGCUCAGCAGUAUCAGCAACCUGUUGAUCAGCAAUAUCCCCAGUCCGGUGUCCAGCAGUAUCAGCAACCUGUUGACCAGCAAUAUCCCCAGCCUGUUGCUCAGCAGUAUCAGCAAUAUCCCCAGCCUGUUGGUCAACAGUAUCAACAACCGGUUAACCAGCUUGCUCAACAACAAGUUGUACAGCAAAAUCAGACUACUCAACCUGCAACCCCUGUGGUGGUGGUGCAAGCGAGACCAACUGAGGCUCCUGGAAGCAUGUUGUGUCCACACUGUAAGACCACCGUUGUGAGCACAACCGAAUACAAAUUGGGCAUGCUCACCUGGAUCAUUGUUGGAACACUGUUUAUUAUUGGGUGUUGGCCUUGCUGUUUGAUCCCAUUCUGCGUGGGUGCUUGCAAGGAUGUGCAGCAUUCCUGCCCGCAGUGCAACAACGUUCUGCACGUCUACCGUCGCAUGUGAACCACAGUGAUUCACAUGCAGUUACUGCAGUUACUGACAUUUUUGCUGAAAAAAUACGUUUAUGAGGUUUUCCUGAAAUCUUUUAACAAAUUAUUGAUAUUUUACUCUUUAUGGUGUCUCAUUAACGAAUAAUUUUCAAAAUUUUUAACUUAAGAUCGGAAGAAAGUUUUUUCCCCAUUGUGGCCUAAAGAGAAGCUCUGCUCAUCCAAGUUGUUUUUAAUGACCUUAACAUAUACAAAUAUUUUUUGGAAACAUUAGUUAAUGUUUUAAAGUAAUGUAAAAAUAGUUAAAACACAUCUUGAUGAAGGUCAACAUAAUUCUACAUUUUAAUUAACACUCUAAUAAUUUAAAGUCUUUCUGUAAUCAUUCAACAUUAGAGUAUAUGUUGUUCUGUUACCAUUUCCUUAACAAUUAUUACUCUAAACUAAUUAUUACUCAGUAAUUCACUUGGAUACUAGUCGUUGACAUGAGAAUGUUGUUCUGGAUGCAAAAGUAGAUUUCUCUUACUUUAAAUAGUGCAACAUUUGAUUAUUGUUGUAACGAAUCAUGAAUCAGAACAUAAUAUCUACAAAAAAUAUCCUUCAAAAUAUCUGAAAUGUUUAAUUUGUCUGUUGAUUGAGGUCUUCUUGCAAAGUUAUUUAAUUGGGAGCUGCACUGUAAAACUACAAUUCUCAAAGUCUGCGAGAAUUGAUGCUGUCAUUGAAAUAACACUUCUGAACUUCCUAAAAGAAUUAGGGAGUGUUUUGAUCAGUUCAGUUGGUAGAUAUAUUUAUAUGUGUUUUUCUUUAAAGGUUAUCUCAUUUAUCAUCUUAUAAGCAAUUGUGUUUCUGUAAGCAGAAGAAGAGACAAAACUGUGACAGCCCAAAAUACAGUUUAUCUGGAAAGAGAUGUGUGUGGGCUUGUAUUUGGUACAUCGUUGGGCUUUUUUUUUUUUUUUUUUUUUACAAAAAAUGCUACAUUCCUUUAUACAACUGAAUAUAGUUACAUAAUAAACAUAAUAAAACGUAAUACAUUCCUCAGAGAGCUUCAUGCU